UGGUUUGACCUUGUUCACCAGGCGAAGGAUCAAAAUUGUUAUUACAUUUGAUUAAAUUGUUGGAUUAAUUUUGUUUAUUUUUUGUUCUUCCAAUUGGAUUUAUUAAAUUAUUCAUUUAGAAAAUGGCUCUAUUCAUAAGAUCAUCUUUAUCUCAAUUGAGAAGUUUAACCCGAUUAAGUAAUCAAAUGGUUUUGCCUUCUCGGUCUUAUUCUGCCAUGAGUUUCACCUUCGCAUCUCCUUAUGAGGUCCACUAUAAGGAUGCUGAUGUAAAGCAAAUCGAUGUACCAUCUUUCAGUGGUACCUUUGGUAUUCUCCCUCAACAUGUUCCCACUUUGGCUGUAUUGAAACCCGGUGUUGUUACUGUCUUUGAAAAUGAUGGAAACUCUAAAAAAUAUUUCGUGAGCAGUGGUACUGUUACCAUCAAUGAGGAUUCAUCCGUUCAGAUACUUGCCGAAGAAGCUGUGCCAUUGGAUUUAUUAGAUGCGAAUGCAGCUCGUGACGCUUUGAAAGACGCUCAGCUCGAGGAAUCGAAAGCAACAAGUCCCGAGGAUAAAGCUGCUGCUCAAGUAGCUAUAGAAGUCAGUGAAGCUAUCAUUAAAGCAGUGGAAUAAAUCUCUAAUUAGCUCAGACUAAAUUGUUCAUUAUGUUAGAUAAAAUUGAAGAAUAAUAAUAAAUCCACUACAAUAAUUAAA